AUGUCUCGUGCUUCAGAGAAGACUGAUGAAUCACUGAAAUGGACGAAGCUGAUGGAUUUCCGUUCUCUGCUCGUAUCCUCCAUGGUUUUGCGCGUGUUUUUGAUUGUAUAUGGAGAAUGGCAAGAUGCUCACAUGGAGGUCCGGUACACUGAUGUUGAUUACAUAGUUUUCUCUGAUGCUGCGUCGUUAAUGGCAUCCGGCGAAUCUCCUUACAAGAGAACCACCUACCGUUAUUCACCGUUGCUCGCGUUGCUUCUGAUCCCCAAUUCCAUCAUUCAUCGGUCAUGGGGAAAGUUUAUCUUCUCUGCUUCUGAUUUGCUGGUUGGUUUGUUUAUCCGUAUGAUCUUGAAGCAACGUAAGGUGCCUGAGAAGAUAUGUACAUAUUCUGUAAUGGUAUGGCUUCUGAAUCCGUUUACAUUCACAAUCGGAACCAGAGGGAAUUGUGAACCCAUCGUUUGUGCCAUGAUAUUAUGGAUCAUUAUCUCCAUAAUGAAAGGUAAUCUGUCACAAGCAGCAUUCUGGUUCGGGCUUGUUGUGCAUUUCAGGGUGUAUCCUAUUAUCUAUGCGUUACCAAUCAUCCUGGUUCUCGAUUCUCGGAUAUUUAGAUCUGGUGAAAAGCCGCUUCUUGAGAAUUGGAAUACAGAGAAGAACACAUUCCACCUCAAUCUCAUGACCGGGUUGAAAAGUUUGUUUUCGAGGGAAAGAAUCAUGUUUGGUUUGAUAUCGGGAGGAGUGUUUCUUGCUUGCAAUGCUGUUUCCUUCUAUUUCUAUGGGCACGAGUUCCUGCACGAGGCUCUCUUGUAUCACCUCACUCGUACGGAUCCAAGGCACAACUUCUCCAUCUACUUCUAUCACAUAUACCUUCACUACGAGCGCCAGUUUUCAGCUGUGGAGAAGCUCAUCUCGUUUUUACCUCAGUUCACAGUACAGUUUGCUCUAGUCUUCUGCUUCUCGCAGGAUCUAGUGUUCUGCAUCUUUCUCCAAACCGUUGCAUUCGUGGCUUUCAAUAAGGUGAUAACCGCUCAGUACUUUGUGUGGUUCUAUUGCCUGCUACCUCUGAUUCUACCGUGGAGCCGUAUGAAGCUGAAAUGGGAAGGCUUGUUGUGCAUCAUUCUUUGGAUUGGAGCUCAGACACAUUGGCUCUUAUGGGGAUACAUGCUCGAAUUCAAGGGAGUUAAUGUCUUUUUACAGCUAUGGAUGGCGAGUUUGGUGUUUCUGGCUGCAAACACUUUUGUCCUCGUCAAAAUCAUACAGCGCCAUCGAUUCUCUCCUUUGUUCAGACAACUGGUUCCGAGCUGCAAAGGUGGGCGCUUUACAGGAGUUUUGCAGCCUCUCGGAGCAGUUCUUAGAGAAUAUUCAGCACCUGCAUAUGCUUUGCAAGAUCGUUGGAAAGAUGGGAACGAAAUCAAGUAUGGUAAAGAGAUUGAUGUUCACAUGCUUUUCAAAAAUUGCACUAAGUUGCAGUCAGCCAAAUGCCUCCACGCGCGUCUCAUUGUGUCCAACGCAUUCCAAAAUGUAUGCAUCUCUGCUAAACUUGUUAACCUCUAUUGUUACCUUGGGAGCCUUGUGCUGGCGAGGCAUGCCUUUGAUCAUAUCCAGAACAGAGAUGUCUACGCUUGGAAUGCGAUGAUUUCUGGUUAUGUCCGUAUGGGAAGUUCCUCUGAAGCUAUCAGAUGUUUUAGCCUCUUCAUGCAGACUUCUGGACUGCAACCAGACUACCGCACUUUCCCUUCGGUCUUGAAAGCUUGUAGAAACCUGCUUGAUGGGAUGAAGAUUCACUGCUCGGCUUUGAAGUCUGGAUUUGUGUGGGACGUCUUUGUCGCUGCGUCAUUGAUCCAUUUGUAUUGCCGGUAUGGACCUGUGGAGAAUUCACGCAGGCUCUUUGAUGAAAUGCCCUUUCGAGACAUGGGUUCUUGGAAUGCAAUGCUUUCUGGGUAUUGUCAAAGCGGAAAUGCCAAAGAGGCGUUAUCACUAUCCAAAGAGCUGAAAGUAAUGGAUGCAGUUACCAUUGUGAGUCUCCUCGCGGCUUGCACAGAGGUGGGUGAUUUCAAUAGAGGAGCUAUGAUUCAUGUGUACUCGAUUAAACACGGGCUUGACUCUGAACUGUUUGUUUCCAACAAGCUGAUUGAUUUGUAUGCUGAAUCUGGUAACCUCAGGGGUUGCCAAAAGGUUUUCGACAGGAUGGUUGUGAGGGAUUUGAUUUCAUGGAAUUCGAUAAUUAAGGCGUACGAGCUGAAUGAGCAGCCGCUUAGAGCGCUUUCGCUGUUUGAAGAGAUGCGGUUAAACAGAGUUCAACCAGAUUGCCUUACUUUGAUUAGUUUGGCUUCUGUACUUGCGCAGUUAGGGGACAUUCGUGCUGCUAGAUCCGUGCAGGGCUUCACGUUGAGGAAAGGCUGGUUCUUGGAUGAUAUUACCGUCGGGAACACAGUUGUGGAUAUGUAUGCAAAGCUAGGCCUUGUAGAUUCAGCAAGAGCAGUGUUUAAUUGGCUCCAGAGCAAAGAUGUGAUUUCGUGGAAUACCAUAAUUUCUGGCUAUGCUCAAAACGGUUUUGCUAGUGAAGCGAUUGAAAUGUAUAACAAAAUGGAGGAAGAAGUUGGAGAGAUAACCGCUAACCAAGGGACUUGGGUGAGCGUUUUGCCCGCUUCGGUUUAUCUGGGUGGGGAAAAGAUCCCAACUUUGCCGCUAGGUGAUAACCGCUCAGUACCUCUGAUUCCACCAUGGAGCCGUAUGAAGCUGAAAUGGGAAGACUUGUUUAUGGAUCACCCUUUGGAUUGGAGCUCAGAAACAUUGGCUCUUAUGGGGGAUACAUGCUCGAAUUCAAGGGGGUUAAUGUCUUUUUACAGCUGUGGAUGGCGAGUUUGGUGUUUCUGGCAGCAAACACUUCUGUCCUCGUCGAAAUCAUACAUCGCCAUCGAUUCUCUCCUCUGUUCAAACAGUAUGAAUCCUCUAAUCCGAAAGAUGUUUCCUUUCUUAGACCUUCGAUUUGUGGUUUUUGCAUAUGGUUCAUGA